CAACCUAGUCAAAACUGAACGGUCCAAUACGGCGAACGGAGACCGGCGAUUGGCGAGCGAGCGGCGAACAACGAACGAAAAUCUGGGAUUCGAGGGUUCGAAAAUCUCAGAAUCAAAUACAGCGCUCACUGCAACUGGUGCAAAGAUGAACCCAGAACCAAAGGUCAAAUACGGCGAACGACCGGCAAUUGGCAACCGGCGAACGACCGACGAACGGCGACAGGUGACGAAAAUCUUAGGUUCGAGGGUUCAAAAAUCUCAGAUUUGUUUUAAAAUUAUAUGUAUGUAUAUGUGUAUAUAUAUAAAUUAGGUUUUAGGGUUUAAUCUUUUCCCCUUUACGAUUUAUCUCUCUAAAAAGUAGGAUUCCAAAGAUUAAUUUUGUUAAAAUUUUCUUUCAGGCUCAGGUUUAGGUUCUGAUUCCAAAAUUCGUUAUCCAAAGUCUAACCCUGUUAUGGAAAGGUUUCUUUCUUGUUUCUUCUUUCCUUUUUUAAAAUUUUUCCCAUUCCCAAUCAAAAGAGGAAACACAGAAUACUAAACCAGCCUAGGCUAGGACUAUCACGUUUCAAGUCUCACCAGACUCUACUCUAUAUAUAUGAGACUAGACAACAUGCUUUGCCUUGGAUCAAAAUAGGGCCUCAAGUAUAGUAUUAGAAAUUCAAAAGGUCCAAUCUAACAUUAAGCCCCAUUCUCAAGGGCCUAAAGUCAGAGCAGUUGGCAGCCAAUCAGCGACGACAACAAGCAGCAAAGAGCCACGUCCAGAAGCUAAGAGGAGCUCAUUUAAGAAAUUUAAAUAAAUUUUAGUAUCGGUGCCUAGAUAGAUGCCAAUGGCAGUAACAAGAUCUCAUCUUUCACUUCCUCCACCACCUCUACCAUGUCCUUGGCUUGUCUUCAAUCAUGGAGAGCAUGUUUCCAUGCAGAAGAUUGUGCUUCCACCAUUGCAAUCCUAUCCAUUCCUCUGUUGCAUUCUAUCAUCACCGCCAACCGAUCCCAACUGUGUACUCAUUUUUGUCUGUCGAAAAAAACCAAGUGCCAUGUUUUGUCGCCUGGGUGAUGGUGAAUGGACCGAACAACAUUUAAGAUCUACUGAAUAUUUCAGAUAUGCUACUGUAUGCGAGGGAAAGAUUUAUGGCCUUACUUUAGACAGAAGUCUGCUUAUGGUAGAUGUUGUUGGCUCUAAUUUGGUUGUGACACAGUUGGGGGCAGAAAACCCACCAAGACCGUCAGUUCGAGGGACAUCAAGGUCAGAUUAUAAUUUAGUUGAUUCUUGUGGAGAGUUGUUUCUUGUAAUCAAGUCUUACCAAGGGAUGACUAUGAAGAUCAGGGAUGUAGAAGUUCACAAAAUGGAUUUUUCAAGAUUGGUAUGGACAAAGGUGGACAGCUUAGGAGAUCGAACAUUCUUUCUCAGUAUAAUGGGCAAUUGUUUCUCUUGUUCUGCAGCUGAAUCAGGGAUCAAACACAAUUCUAUUUACUAUCUUGAAAGUAGCGACAGAGAGCUAUAUGUAUUUGAUCUUGAAAAUUAUAGCAUCUCAUUCUCUACGCCUUGCCCUCUUCAAAGUAAUUGGCUGCAACCUGAAUGGAUUAUGCCUAUUUUAUAAGCCCAGCAACAGAUAAUUUUGUUUAUAUAUGUAUUUUUCUUCUUUUUCAUCAUAUUGUACUUUGUUUUAUUAAUUAUCAUACUUUCUCAUUUCAUGUU